AUGGCUCCCGACACUCAGCAUCUCAAGACCGACUCCAUUCUCAUAGUUGGUGCUGGUAUCUUUGGCCUCGGCACUGCUCUGGAACUGAAGAAGAGGGGAUACGAGAACGUGGUCGUUCUUGACCGGUAUAACGUUCCCGUCCCAGAUGGAAGCAGUGUCGACAUUUCCAGAAUCAUCCGUGUUGAGUAUGCAGAUGAGACAUACGCCAAGAUGGCCCGCGAGGCCUUGGAGGAGUGGAACACGACUUAUAAGGAGCACUUCUACCCUUCCGGUUUCGUCUUGAUGGCCGAUAAGAACGCCGAUGCCACCUAUGUCACGAAGAGCAAGGCCAUGAGUGACAAGCUCGGUGAUUCCAGCGGCGACAUUAUUGACGCCGACACUCUCAAAUCUCAGUAUCCACACUUUCCUUCCAACACUGAAAAUCUAACUGCGUAUGUUAACCCCAGAGGUGGCUGGGCGGAUGCACAGGCUGCUGUUCGACAGAUGGCUCAAGAGUGCAGUCAGCGAGGCGUCAGCUUCAUUACUGGCCCUAGAGGGCGGGUGACAUCCCUCCGGAUUCACAAGAAGCGCAUUGUCGGUGUCAAUGUUGCUGAGGGAGAGUCUCACUUUGCUACUCAGGUCAUUCUGGCGACCGGAGCCUGGUCCGGUCAACUGUUGCCCAUCGCCCAUGCAUCUUCCGCCUCCGGUCAAUCUGUCGGGUUCGUCGAGUUAUCACCUGAAGAGGCAGAGUCCCUGCGUGGGAUGCCCGUCAUCAUGAACUUCAGCACUGGAGUCUUCGUCUUCCCCCCGUACCCUGGCAACAAUCUCCUCAAAGUUGCCCACCAUGGUUUUGGAGUCGCCACGCAGGUUUCCGUUGACAAUGGAAAAAGAGUUGUUUCGUCGCCCAAGCUGGCUGGUAACAACGCCGACGCUGGAUAUCUCCCUGAUGAUGCUGACGAGCAUCUGCGAGCGGGAUUGGCCCAGCUUGUGCCCCGGUUCGGAGCUCGGCCUUGGCUGAGGAGGCGCAUGUGCUGGUACUCUGAUACCCCUGACGGUGACUUCAUCGCCGACCACCAUCCUGAAAUAGAUAGACUGUUUAUUGCUACCGGCGGUUCUGGCCAUGCUUUCAAGUUUUUGCCAGUGCUGGGCAAGUAUAUCACUGACUGCUUCGAGGGCAAGGCGUCCGAGCAGAUUCGCCGGAAGUGGAGGCUAAGGCUCCCUGAUGGGCAGGGCGCUUUUAUUAAGAAGGGAGAUGGAAGCCGAGGUGGCCAGCCUUGGCGAAUGCUCUGUGUCGAGGAGCAGGCUAAACUGUAG